AUGGACAUAUCCUCAAGUGAAGCUACUCGACCUUGCGACCUCAGGCAGGACGCUGCGAUCGCCCGCGGGCAGCCCAGCUGUCUUCGAUCGUUUGAUGCGCCUGCGCCUGAUAGCCUGGCACAGGAAAAACCGAAGCAGUCAAAGAGCCGCAACGGGUGUGUAACGUGCAAGGCAAAGAGACUUAAAUGUGACGAGACGAAACCGACGUGCCUUCAGUGUCAGAGGAGAAAUGUCCCCUGCGGCGGAUAUAAGAAAAACUACAAAUGGCUGUCCUUCGAGGAGUCCAGCUAUACCAGAAGGCCAAAACCAAAGGCCCAAAAGCUAGGUUCUGAAGAACGGGAAUCUCAGUAUGUCAGGCAGUAUAAAUGCCGUUUUAUCAAUGUCACGGCCGAAGAUGUGCCGCGUACACAACCGGCAGUGGAUGGCUCCCCUUCAGCUAGUGCAUCUGGUGCAAGUUUUGACAGUCGGGUAACACCAUUGCUGGAGGGAUUGGAUAUUCAUGGAAAUAACACUACCUCCAAGACCACACCUGGCGGACUAAAUCAGAGGCCAUCGACCAGAGUCACUGCCUCGUUUAGUCAGUCGUCAGGGAGUUUCACCCCAGCCUUCACACCAGAGACACACACUUUCACUCCAAAAUCCCCCUCACCACACACGGACUCCGAAGAUGACGGCGUGGAAGCAAUUGUUCGACAAGACGUCGCCAAAGAGCUCACCAAUCUCAAAAGAAAACGACAUGGACCACUAUUCCACAUACCGAACAUACCAAUUACCGCGCUAUUAGAUUCCCGUGCAGACAACGCCGAAAUGCUCCUGCUCAGGUUUGAUCAGCAUACCUGCGGUAUUCUCUCAGUCAAAGACGGCGUGACCGAAAAUCCAUGGCGGACGGCGGUUACUCCCCUAAUACGAGAUACGCCCGCUCUAUAUCAUGCAGUCUGUGCACUGGCUGCCUUCCAUUCAACGAAGGAAAAUGCUGCAUUUAAAUACCUUGGGAUGGACCACAUGCGCCAAAGCGUCCGAACCCUAGCUGUGAAUAUAGAGAACAUGAACAUAGAUGCUGCCUUGGCCACAACACUCGCUCUGGCAUUUGCGGACACAUGGGACACACAUGUCUCAACUGGGGUGCAGCAUCUUCGUGGAGCUAAAGUGCUGUUUGACAGGGCCUUGGCCAGACACAGCCAUAUGCCGCUCUCACCCAACGACCAGUCCCGUCUGAUGUUUCUAUAUAACAGCUGGAUGUACGUUGCAGUCAUCGCCCAACUAACCACCAGCGAAGACACUGGAUUUGAUCAGGUUCCAUCCCCCCUUUUUUUCGCUCCUCAAGUGCAAGAAGUUGACCCUUUAUUGGGUUGCGCAGCCACCCUAUUCCCGUUAAUUGGUCGCGUUGCCGUCUUGGCCCAGAAAGUUCGCAAAACAACAGUGAAUUCAGCUGCCAUUAUCUCUCAGGCUAUGGAGCUCAAAACACUCAUUGAACAGUGGGCUCCUCCCAAGUAUUUUAAACCACCGGAAGACCCAACAUCAAAUAUCCGGGACAGCUUCCUGACCGCUCAAGCCUACCGCUGGGCGACUUUGCUCCACCUGCAUCUAGCUGUCCCUGAAAUACCCUCUGAACCUACGAGUGAGCUAGCGAGCCGGAUUCUUGUUCUUCUUGGUAGUAUUCCUCUGGGUUCUCGGACCAUAAUUGUCCAGAUAUUCCCGCUUCUGGCCGCCAGUUGCGAAGCCGACAGCGAGGAAGACAGAAACUGGGCAAGAGCUCGCUGGGCACAGAUGCAGCAACGAAUGGCGAUUGGAAAUAUCGAUCGAUGUUUUGAGGUUGUCUGUGAAGUUUGGAAACGUCGAGAUGCGCAUAAUGUCGCCAUUAUAAGCCACCAAUCCGACGCGCACUCUCUACCUCUUAGUACUCCGGCGCCCGGGACUUGCAGUCGACAUGACAGCGUAAUAGAACCACUUAUCUUCGGCAAUACUUUGGCUCAGGACAGGCAGGAUUUUCGCUGCAUCUCUACGGCUGAUGAUAUCAAUGCAGCUUCGUUUUUGCUGCUUCCUGAAACAUUCAGUCAAAUGCCGUCACUUACCCCGAGAGCAUCUCUACCAUCUAGCUGCGGCAAUAGAUCUUCAGACCCAGGUGGUAGUUUUGUCGAAUACGAAAGGACUGUUCGAGGCCAUCUACACUGGUUAAGUGUUAUGGCAGACUGGGGCUGGGAAGGUUCGUACUUCGUGCCUGAUGACUUUCUUUCUUGA